AAUCAUCAUCGACAUAAUUUCUCCAGAAGCUUCAUGAAGGGUGUUUUGGUCAAUUGACAUAUUGUUUCUUAAUGAUAUUCAUCUCCAGCUCCGUCAAGGAGUUCGCAGUUGCCGUGUAAUCAACGACCCGAUUAUCUGACCCGACCCGACCGGCGCAGAACGAACCAACAACAAAAGGGCCUCUAGAACCAAACAAAUUAGCAAGGUGGUUGUCGAUAUGCGGUGAGAACGACGUCGUAUGCGGCGGAAUUGAAAGAGAUAGAUUGAAUUGGGGAAAUUAGGGUUUUGAAAGAGAUGGAUGUGUAUAGUGGUGAACCGAGUGGCGGAGACAAGGGUUUGGAUGCUGAAGAUGAAGGAACAACUCCUAUUCCUGAAAGGGUCCAGGUUGGCUCUUCCCCACUGUACAAAGUUGAGAAAAAACUGGGCAAAGGAGGAUUUGGACAGGUGUAUGUAGGACGUCGAACUAAUGCUCCGGUUCCACAUGAUAGAACUGGCGCUGGAGCAGUGGAGGUUGCUCUGAAAUUUGAGCACAAAAGCAGCAAAGGAUGUAAUCAUGGACCACCUUAUGAGUGGCAAGUGUAUGGUACCCUUGGAGGCAUUCAUGGCGUUCCGCGCGUGCACUACAAAGGCAAGCAGGGUGAUUACUAUAUAAUGGUUAUGGACAUGCUUGGACCUAGUUUGUGGGACAUCUGGAACAAUAAGUCUAACUCUAACACGAUGUCAACUGAAAUGGUUGCAUGUAUCGCUAUUGAGGCAAUCUCUAUUCUCGAGAAGGUGCAUUCCAAAGGAUAUGUACAUGGGGAUGUGAAACCAGAGAACUUUUUGCUCGGUCCAUCUGGAACACCAGAAGAGAAGAAGCUCUUUCUGGUGGACCUUGGCUUAGCUACUAAGUGGAGAGAAGGCUCAAGCCAACAUGUUGAAUAUGAUCAGCGCCCAGAUGUUUUUAGGGGGACUGUGCGGUAUGCCAGUGUGCAUGCUCAUCUUGGAAGAACUGGAAGCCGAAGAGAUGAUUUAGAAUCUCUUGCCUACACACUCAUUUUUCUCCUUCGUGGACGAUUGCCUUGGCAGGGUUUCCAGGGUGAAAAUAAAGGGUUCCUUGUCUGCAAGAAAAAGAUGGCAACCUCCCCAGAAGCUCUUUGUUCCUUAUGUCCUUCACCAUUUCGAGAAUUUAUUGAACAUGUAGUAAAUUUGAAGUUCGAUGAGAAGCCUAACUAUGCAAAAUAUAUUUCCCUUUUCGAUGGAAUAGUUGGUCCAAAUCCAGAUGUAAGGCCACUUAACACUGAAGGUGCUCAGAAGCUUGUAGUUGGACAGAAGAGAGGACGUCUUGUGAUGGAUGAAGAAGACGAAGACCAACCGAAGAAGAAAAUCAGGAUCGGAAUGCCUGCAACGCAGUGGAUUAGUGUUUAUAAUGCUCGACGUCCUAUGAAGCAAAGAUACCACUACAAUGUAGCUGAAGGGAGACUUGCUCAACACAUUGAAAAAGGGAAUGAAGAUGGAUUAUUUAUCAGUAGUGUGGCAUCUUGCUUGAACCUUUGGGCUAUAAUCAUGGAUGCCGGGACUGGAUUCUCUUCACAAGUAUAUGAAAUCUCACCUCAGUUUCUUCAUAAGGAAUGGAUCAUGGAACAAUGGGACCAAAAUUAUUACAUUACUGCUAUAGCAGGGGCUAACAACGGGAGUUCGCUUGUUGUAAUGUCAAAGGGCACUCAGUUUGUACAGCAGUCCUAUAAAGUUAGUGACUCAUUUCCAUUUAAGUGGAUAAACAAGAAGUGGAGAGAGGGGUUUUUUGUUACCGCUAUGGCAACUGCAGGAAGUCGUUGGGGGAUUGUAAUGUCUCGUGGGGCUGGGUUUUCUGACCAGGUUGUGGAACUAGACUUUUUAUAUCCUAGUGAAGGUGUUCAUAGAAGGUGGGAUGGAGGUUAUCGCAUCACAUCAACUGCCGCAACUGCAGACCAAACUGCUUUGGUUCUUAGUAUACCAAGAAGAAAACCACCAGAUGAAACGCAAGAAACACUACGGACUUCUGCUUUUCCUAGCACACAUGUCAAGGAAAAAUGGGCAAAGAAUCUGUAUAUUGCAUCCAUUAGUUAUGGUCGAACUGUUUCAUAAGGUCCCCCAUUUUUGUCUGGCAUUGCAUUUUGAAGGUGCCCCGAUUUUGUCAAGGAUGUAUUCUGAAGGCACCUGUGUUUUGGGCACACACUAGUACUCGACAUCUGGGUUUUAUUCCCUCUGAAUUGAUUUAAUGCCAAUCUUGUAUUUAGGGCAUGUUAAAGUAUGAUUUUAGAAGAUCUACUAUUGGGGUGUGUUGGUUUUUCGAGUUAAAAACCGCUGGAGGCUUCAAGUUCAAGCAGUCUAACCUUAAGAGUACCAAAUAUUAUUAACUGAAGUUUGUAUAGUCUUUUAUUAGUAAUUACUUGGUUGGAAGCCAUGCAAGUGCUCUGCUUUAUUACCAAAUAGUUAUGAGCUGAACUUGUGCAAUAUUAAAAUUCUCGAAGUGCUCGAUGAA